UUUCUAGAAUGACAUAACUAGACUGUUCCUGCUUAUGGUCGAGUUUGAAACAAAACCGACCGCUAAUAUAUACAUUUUUUACAUGCCGUUUUGCAGAAACAGAUUUGCUUGAUAAUGUCAGUGACCCCAAACCAGAAAAAUGAUUACAUAGCCUGCAAAAAUGUCCAAAUCUGAGAAGCUAAAAUAUAGGGGUAAAUAAACUUAAACCUCUGAUAAAUUUGGCUUUCUAUAUUUGUUCAAUUAUAUCAAGAAUAGGAAUAAGGGACAAACACAUUUUACAUUGCACAUUUCUCAAAAGUCUAUCUAAUGAAAAAGGAAACAAAGUAGAUUAAUAUCCAAAUAUUCAAGAACACAAAAUCUUACAAAUUUUCCUGGGUAAUCAUCCCCCAACAUAUUCUUGGAGAUCUUCCUCAAUUCGACACCAUGGCGCCUGAGCUAGCAUCUGAACAGCUUGAACAACUCAAAGAAAUCUUCCAACGCUUCGACAUGGACAAAGACGGAAGCAUCACCCAGCUCGAGCUAGCUGCCCUUCUCCGGUCCCUUGGCAUCAAGCCUAAGGGUGAUCAAAUCCAUGCAUUGCUGACCAACAUGGAUGCAAAUGGCAAUGGAUCCAUUGAGUUUGAUGAACUGGUUGAAGCCAUACUACCGAAUAUGAAUGAGGAGGUUUUGAUAACCCAGGAUCAACUCCUGGAGGUCUUUCGCUCAUUUGAUCGCGAUGGAAAUGGCUAUAUCACCACAGCUGAGCUUGCGAAACAAAUGGCUAAGAUGGGACAAUCAUUAACUUAUGCUGAGAUAUCCGAGCUGAUGAAGGAGGCCGAUACUAAUGGCGAUGGCGUUCUUAAUUUCAACGAAUUCGCCACCCUUAUGGGAAAAUCUGCGAGUGAAUUCCUCAGUGCUCUUGUAUGAUCAGCCAGAGGAGAAAAGCAGCAUUUUCAUUUCAAUCAAUGUGGUGAUAUCUAUUAGCAUUUUUUGUAUGAUUUUUUGACAAUUUGCCUGAAACUCUAAUAUAUGAUCCAGGUUUCAUGUUCAUGUAUUUGUUCAAGAUUUUCGUAGAAAAUUUUAA